AUGGCUCCCGAAUAUGCGAAAAAGUCUUCGCAAUUCCUGCUUUCGUCGGACAGCUCUUCCAGCAGUGAAUUCUCCUCCAGCCCAUCCAACAUGAAAGAAAAAUCGGCAGUGCAGGGGAAGAAAUCACCAGCAAAGCUAGGCAAGAUGCCACCUUCCGGGAAGAAUCCAAGUGAUGGAGUGCCCAACCGUCAAGAUAUGACGCCCAAAAACCCUAACGGACCUUCAAAAAAGCCGCCUCCCCCGCCGCCAGUAGAUGUAUUAGGUUCUUUGCUUACACCAGGAUCUGCGCAUUUGCGUCCUACACAUUCUGCUGUGGAUCGCGGACUGUCCAUAGCUGACCCCCUGCUAGCUGUCGACUCCCCUCGACCGGCAGUGCAACGACUCAAAAGCGCAGUAAUCACGAGGGGGCCGAGUGGGAGAAAUUCGGAGGCACAUGAUGUCAAAAGUGCCUCCGCAGAGCUCCAAAAGGGGCUCUAUCAACCGCUUAGUCGGCAGGUGUCGGAACGGGUGGCGUCUACUCCUCGGGAGGCUCAAUUUGCUCGCAAACCAUCAGCCCUACCUGUCAAGAGUCGGCAGAGCAUCACGUCACGUACGAAAUUUGGGCAGGCUGAGUCCCCCAGGGCAGAGAAGAGACUGCCAUCCUCCCCAAGACCUCAGGUUGCUGAUGAUGGUGGCAAGCCAGUUACUCGCCAGAAGAGCGUGGCCGCCGAGCUAGACAUCUCAAGCAAACUCUUGCAAAAAGCGAACUCCGAAGAUGCAUGGACAACACUCCUUCGAAGGGAGGCAUCAUCGAGAAACAACAGUAAAGAGGAUGGAGCCCAAGACAGAGCACAGGCUAGCAAGACGGAGAAGCGACCGUCCGUUGGUGGACCUCCAGUGACCCGGAAAUCUCUCGUGUUGUCCAAGCAGCAGCCUAAACUCCCGACAGGUAGAUCGGAGGCAGAUGCGACACCGUUUGCUGAUGAGAUUUCGGAAAGGCAGGGAACCUCGAAGCCCCAGCAGAAGGUCCCGAAGAAGCUCGUCUCCGCAGCUUCAGAUGCUCGCGUGUCUCCAGGAGUUAAGCCAUCAGUUGAUCAGGGCGUUGUUCAAGAUCUUGAGGGUCGCCUUGCCAAGUCGAAUUCUCGCGUAAGGGAGCUUGAGGCUCAAUUAACGGAAACCAACAGACACCAUAGCGAAGAACUUGAACGACUGAGACUAGAACACCAAGUCAAGCUUGCUGAAGAGUUACAGAAAGUCAGAUCUGAGCGGGAAGAGGCGCUGGAAAGGCUUCGAAGGGAGGAGAGGAGCAAACGCGAGGAGGUACAAAAGCAAGCAAUAGCCCGCCAGAGUAGUAUGAAAAUGCGGUGCGAUGCAUCAGUACGCGAGCUAAAGGAGAAAGUUGAAUCUUUGGAAAACCAACUCAAGACUAAAAUUCAGGACUUCGAGCGGGAACGUGUCGGUCUUAUGAAGUCUUUUGAAGAUAAACGAAAGCACGACCUACAGGAGCAGGAGAACGAGGUGAAGACACAUCAGAAGGAGCUAAAGAACAAGGAGUCGGAAUUGAUGGAACAGCAAGGCAGGGUACAAGCUCUUACCGCAAGCAUGCAGACUCUCACAACGUCGCUCGCCCAAAUGAAGGAACUAAAUGACAUAUCAAGGACGGCGACACAGGCCCUGGAAGAGAAGGCAAAGACGCAAGCUGCAUUUAUAAACACAUUAAUGAAAAGGGAAGAAAACCUGCGAGCCCAGGCAGCAAAGCUAAUGCCAAUCAAAGAGGCGAAGAGGCUUGCAUUCCGGGCAUUGCUCAAAGGCAGGGCAGUGGAGAUGAUAUCGCGAGCCUGUAUGCCAACAGACACCAGUCUCUGGAACAAGGCUUGGGCUUUUCAACAACUUGUUGACCUCAUCGGUGGGACGUGCGAGUCCAAAGAAAGAAGACAGGAUGCGAUAGAGUCAAGACUGAUGCAGUUCCGCAAGGAACAGAUGUUCCUUAUGGCGGAAAACGAAAGACUCAUGGCAAAAGUUGCCGAACUCCAGCAAGAGGGGAUUAAUCAGAGGCAGAGCAAGGUUGCGUUAAUGGAACAGGCGCUUAUCGGAAACAACUCCAGCAGCUCAAGCAAUGCAGCAAAUAACAGUAACGGAGAAGCACACCAGGAGCCCUCCCCUCGGUGGCUUAUAUUGUGUGUUCAACAUAUUGUUGACAAGAGGCUGCUGUGGGCAUUUCUAAGGCUGCAAAAGGUGACAACAGAAGCCGAGUCAAAUACCACAAUAGACAAACUGCAGAAAAAAUUCAAUGAGUUGCGCGUGUCUGCCUACAAGGAAAUGGCAGCGAGAAUAGGAGUUUUCAGGCUUGUGGCUUUCGUAAGGUGCCUGAGACUCCGAGCAUUGUUCGGUGCGAUCUUAAACAUGAUCAUCAAUGCAAGUCAGCUCUCUCGCGAAGAGGUGUUGAAGAAAGCACAGCAAAUGCAAGUUUCGCAGGACCCAUUCACAAAAGCAUCAGCUGCAUCCGCAGCCCCAGAUACAGGAUCGUACUCCGCUACGGACAAUGGACGGAUGGAUCUGAACGUUCCUUUGGCACACCAGCCAUACUACUACCGUCAGCUGCCUUCUGUGCGAAAUCCACCUCGCGGGCGCAACAUGUUCGUACCUAUGAUCGACCCUAGGCCACCAGCGCAUGGUUACUUGCCACACCCUGGGUACUCCCACACCCCACUGUCGCUCGGUGUGCCACCGAUCGUUGCAAAGGGCCGGCCUCCACGGACCAACACGAGUCUACCGAAUGCUUUCCCUUCGGGGCCUUAUGAUGCAACACAGCCGGUUGAUGAGCGCGGGGCAGUUUUCCGCAUGAGGGGAGCGCAGCAGGACCUUAGGAGAAUUAUGAUGGAAAGUGCUAACGACAAGGUGGGAGCCCGCAUCGUUGGAAGAAGGUAA